AUGGAUUAUUUAUUAAAUAAUAUUGAGGUAGAGAUAGACUUAGAUUAAAGUGACGAUUCAUCGAAUCAGAUCUGUUUUAAGGUGUAUAACAAAAAUCUGUAAACUUUUUGGAUGGUUGAACAUAAGUGUGAAGAAAUACAAAGAUUUGGAUUAGAUGUUUUUAAUUCUUAAAUGCCUGAGGAGAGUAAUGAAAGAUUUCAAUGGCUAAUGGAUUUAUGCAAUAAGGUGAAUAAGGUUUAAAAUAAUGAUCGAUGUAUCCUUGAAUUCUUUAAAUCAAAACCAAUUGAGAUGAAAAGAAAGCAAUCAAAAAAAAGAAGUCUUUCAACUUUUAGUUAUUUGUUAAAAAUGUCAUGUAUUGAAGAGACUAGAACUCACAGUAGAAACACUGUAUCCGCUAAGUAAAAACAAUAUACUUAAAUAAUACUGGAAAAUUCAUCUAGAUUUUGUGAUUUGAAAACAACUCGAGAUUUUAUUGAUUUAUUAACCUUGUUACAUUAUAGAGAUAUUAAAAAAGUGGGAUCAGGGGCAUAAUCCUAAGCAUUCAAGGCCCUUAAUUAACAAGAGCAUUUGGUGGCUGUGAAAAUUUCUCAAAACACUUAAGAAAAUCUAUAUGCAGCAUUAAUGUAAAGACAGAUAAAUUAGGAUGUGGCAGAAAACUUUGUAGGAAACUAUUUGUUUUAGUAUCAAAUCUUAGAGGCGGAGGACAUUUUAAUCAUAGAAGAGGAAUUGGCUCAAAACACAUUGGAAGAUUUAAUCGACAAAAAAUAAAAUCAGAAUGAGAAUUUCACAAAUGAUGAGAUUCUGCAAAUCAUCAAAGAUAUUGUUGAUCAGCUAUACAAUCUGCAUAUUGGGAGAUGUAAACAAUUUCCAUUAAUAAUUAAUAGAAUCAGCUCACAAUGAUAUUAAACCUGAAAACAUUUUGAUUCAAGAUCAUAAAUUUAUAUUGCAUGAUUUUGGAGCAAUUAGACAAGUUCCAAAAGAUCAAAACUAAGUUGAAAUUAAUUAAAUAUUUGGCACAAUAUUAUAUAUGUCUCCUUUAAAAUUUGAACACUAUCUCUCAACCAAUCAAAAAUAACAACUUGAUAUUCACAUAACGCAUACGAUUGAUUCAAUCUCCAACAAUUUUAAACAUAAUCCAUUUAAAUCAGAUAUCUAUUCCUUAGGAUUAGUCCUUUUGCAAUUAUUACUACACAAUGACAAAAUUAAUUUAAGAAAACAAAUUGAAUGUCUCUUUUAUGAAUAAAGACAACAAAACUUACCAGGCUUAAUUGAAAAAUAUGAAAUAUACCUUUAUCCUGAAAAGUUUUUCCUCUUCGACUAAAAAUUAAAAAGAAUAAAACCUUUAUUAAAGUUACUACUUGAUGAAAAUGAAGAAACCAGGAUAUCUACCAUGGAAUUAGCUACACUGUUCAAUUCUUAAAUUUGCACUUCUAUUUAAACUUCUUUUACGUAACAAUUUGUCCCUACAGUCUGGAAAUCAGAAUAAGGCAACUGUUAAUUGGCUUAUAGUUUAAAAUCCCAAAUAUAUCAAGGUGCAUACAAUAUAGAAAAAUAAGAGAGAGAAGGACAAGGCAUAAUGUUUAAGGCAGCUAAGAAUGAUUUAAUUUUUAAGAUUCAAAGACAUAAGAAAGAUAAGAAAUCUAUAUGUGAGGACGAUUAAGACUUCGAAAUAAGUUAAGUAACUCAACUAUAAGAGUCCAAAUAAGUACUCAGUACUAAGUAAAGUUUAGUUUAGAAUUAACUCUAAAUUCUAUAUUCUGGACUAUGGUUAAAGAAUUUGCCUCAUGGAAAAGGAGAAUUACAUAUAUAUAAUACAGUGAGUGAUCUCAAUUACAAGGAGGUUAAUAUUGAUUAUGGAAAACUGAUUAAUAAAAUAGAUGAUCAUCAUGAAGAACAUCAAUUAUAAAUCAAUUCAUAAUUUUAUUUUGGAUUAUUAGAUUAGAAAACUACUAUCAAUAGACUUUAGAUUUAAUACUUCUUAAAUAUAAGUGAAAGGUUGGCUGAGGAUGAUUUCAUUGUUGGAAAGUAUUAUUACAAGUUUGAAUUUGAUGUCAUAACCCAAAAAUAUUAUGGUUAUUAAUAGCCUUAUGAUUUCACUGUUAUUGAUGUGCUAAGUUUGAAUGACAAAGAAAUCAUAUGUCUAAUUAUAAGCAGAUUUAUAAAAAAUCUUAAAAGCAAAAUCUCUCAUUUCGAAAUUCGAAGAUAUGUGAUCGAAAAAUAGAUUUUUCUUAAAGACAGCAAUAAUAAUUAUAUUUAUAUACGAUUUGAUGGACAACAUUACAAGGAAUCACAUUAGAAGUAGCAAAAAGAAUAAUCAAUUAGAAAACCGAUCUAACCUCAAAUGGUUUAAAAAAAAUCAACUACUGCUUGUUGUGUAAAAUAAAAUAAAAAGAUCAAUCAAAAAUAAUAGAUAGAAAUUGAAAUACAGUCUGAUGUAUUAGAAUCCUAAAUUGUCUUAGAAUGUCUCAACCAAUAAAAAUCAAAUGUGAGUGAAUUGAUUCUCUAGGCUGCUUCCUUAUCCUCUCAUGCUUUAGAGUGGUUAUUUGCUGAUGAUAUCAUCUCUUAGGUACUUUUUUAUCAAAAUUUAGAUUGAAAUACUAAGCUUCAGUAAUUCCUAAAUCAAAGACACCUAACUUAAUUUGAUUUUGUUGAGUUAAUCUGUAACUUAAGUGAGGGAUUUAGAUUUAUCAUAUACUUAAUUAUCAGUAUAAACAAUCACUGCCUUAAUUAAUUCAGACAAUUUAAACAAACUUCAUAAAUUAAGGAUGGCUGGAUGUCUGUGGUGUUAACAGUUUGAAGAUUUCAUUGCGUGUGACAAAUCUUAGAAGUUAAUUCUAUUGGAUAUCUCCAAUAAUAAGUGGGUGGACUCCAACCUCCUUAAAUUAUUCACACCUGUCUAUUUACCUAAUCUUAGCCAAUUGAAUUUAAAUAAAACUUCGUUAACAGAUAAAGAUCUCAAGAAGUUUUAGGAGACACCACUUGGGAAAAAGGUUAAUCUAAUGCCAUUGACUUCAAAGCAAUUCGAAUAAUAAAUGAUUGAUUUUAAGAUUUCAAUACAUACAACUAAUAGUCUAUUUGCAAAUAUUAGAAAUUUGGAGAAAUAUGGUUAUAUGUCUUAUCAUGAUAUGGAGGAGAAUAACUAUAUUAAAGAUGAGACUCUUAAGAGAAUAGCUCAUUCUCAAGGUUUAUAGAAUAUUGAAUAUUUGAAUUUAAAGAAAUAGGAUAUCACUCAUUUUGGAAUGAAACAUUUUCUGCAAUCCUAAUUUAUUACUAAUAUUAUAUCAAUAAACUUAUCAAAUACCUAAAUAAAUGGGGAAGUGUUAAAGUAAAUUUAUUCCUCUAAAAUAUAACAUUUGAAAAUCUUAAAACUAAAAAAUUGCAAUAGUAUUUUGUUUGAUGAUUUAUAACUCUUUUUAAAAAAUUAUAAAGCAGCAUAUCUUUAAAAAUUUUACAUAAGCAGCAAAUAAAUAUCUACUAAAAAACUUGUUACUGAGUUGAAGAAUCUAUAAUCCUUGACUUAAACCUAAAUCAUUUUCAAUGAGUAUUAAUUAAUAUUAGCAUAGUUAAGAAAAGCAAACUGAUAUAUCUGCUUUGCUCACCACCAUUCUGACUUGGGUAGCCAUAUUGAUAAGCAAGCAAAAACUACAAAAAUUAACAUUAGACUUAAGGGAUUGCAAAGGAAUCAACAACGGCUUUGACUUAUUCUAGGAAGAGAUUCAAUAGUUGAAAGGAGAAUCAUCCAGUGUGCUGAUAUUUAAGAUCUCUAAGUAAGAUAUUGUCUAAUUAAAGUUCCUCAAUGCCAGUUGCUAUAAGAAAUUAGUUGGAGUAGAAUUACAAAUCAAUUCAAUUUGUUUAAUGAUA